GAGCCCUCCUGCUACCUUCUCCCUCUUGGGAGUGCAGUCAGGCUGCUGCCAAGUCAACCUGCACCACCCUUUGCUCUGGCUCCCUGUAUUUGUCCUUUGGGCACAGGUGAAGGUUAGACUAACUGCCUUUGUGUGAUGGAGCCCUUCAUGGUUGGGCUGUACAGAGGCCAGAAAUCCCCUCCCCUCGCUCCCGUCAUGAUCCCAACAGAACCACUCCAUAUAGCACUGAGACUGCAAACUGGGGAAUAGGAGCUACAAAGAGACGUUCCCAUCUGCUCCCCCUUCCUGUCCUUUACCUCAAAAAUGCAUCCCUACCAGGUAGUAGUGCUCUCUCUGAACCCGAAAGUUCUGUGAUCAGGGACUUCAAUGGAUCACCCAUUCUCUGGCCCCUGGCAAUGCUUUCCCUUUUAAGUCCCAAUACUCUUCAUUUUGUUGCAGCAAUACAUUGAAAAGCUCUGGGCCAACAGGCUUGAUGGCUGCAAAGAACCAAAGAUGGCACCUCCUGAAUCUGGUGGCAGGAUGCUGGGCUGGAUUGAGAAAGUCGUACCGCAACCUCCUGUCAGCUCCCCCAUCCUUGUAGUAGUGGAGAAAGACACACAGGCUGUAGAAGCUGCGCCUGUAACUGCAAGGCAGCUGAUAGAAAGAAGUCCCAGGAGUGCUGCAGAAGGGUUCAAAGAACAUGCUCCUGCAAUCCGUGAUUCUGUCUCAACAACAGACAGCCCUGGCCGAGGAGUCCUCACCUGGAUAUCUCAGGGCCUGGGGAAGGUGAUGCCACAGCCGGCACAGAACUCUCCUGUCAUGUUGCAAGAGGCUGCCAAGAGCUUUGAAGCCAGCAUUGAUAUCCCAGAUGUGACAGAAGUCCAGAGCAUAAAGGAUGAGAAAGAGGAAGAGGAAGAGGAAGAAAUAGUGUCUGUGACUGAGGAAGAGGAAGAGGAGCAGGAUGAACUGUACUCCAGCUCAGACAAUAACGCCCUGGAUAAAAUUGGUGGGAAAAAAGUGAUCACUUGGAUAAUGGAAGGAUUUGAGAAAAUGAUGCCUCAACCUGAAAACAUGAAAAAGAUGGAGGAAGGGACCCCAGGAGACCAGGCUGCACAAUGGGCACAGAAAGAGAAUUCGCCUGCCAGCCCUCCCAGUGCACCAGGGACAAAGCACAGGGCCUCAACUGACAGCCAGUCCACUCGGAGCCUCUCUCUCUUUCCUCGAACACUUGGAGGUGAUGGGAGCAGUGUGCUUGACUGGUUUGUUCAGGGACUGGAGAAAGUGAUGCCACAGCCUGUGACCAGAGGGAAGGAAGAUGGACAGAGCACAGAAGCUGCAGACCUGGGCCCAGGGCAAGAAAGUAAGUCAUAA